UGAUGUCCUUAAAAGCUGGAAGCCUAGGUCUGAACAUGGUAGCUGCGAGUCAUGUUAUUCUUUUGGAUCUUUGGUGGAAUCCAUCAGCUGAAGACCAAGCUAUUGAUCGUGCACAUCGUAUUGGACAAACUCGGCCUGUUACUGUAACUCGUGUCACUAUAAAAGAUACCGUUGAGGAUAGAAUGUUGCUUCUUCAGGAGGAGAAAAGGAGGAUGGUUGCAUCUGCUUAUGGUGAAGAUCAUGGUGGAACCGUGGAAGCUCUGCGACUGGGCUGA